AUGGACAACAAGACCCCCGCCAAAAAGGAUUCCCUGACCAUCCAAGAGCUUUGGCGCCGCAUGAAUCAGCCCAUCAUCCUCACACACGAGGGCCCCAUGCUUCCCGGCGACCCCAGCACCCUCCAGAAAGUCCCCGAGCUCAAGGCCACCGCCCUCGUCGCCGGCAAUAUUCUCUGCGGUCUCCGUCUCGAGAGCCCCUCCGGCGAGACAGGCAACAUGGUCGCCCCAAGCGAUCUCUGGAAGGAUGCCAUCAUCUACCAGGGUGACACCAACGGCGAACGACCAGCCAUCGAAUCUUCCAAGCUUCUCCGCCGCAACGUGGAGCUCUGCAACAUCCCCCUGCCCAUCACCAGCAAGCGCGUCAUGGAUAAGAAGCUGCCAGCUGGCUACCGCAAGGUUGAGAUCAAGUUCAGCUUCGUCGAUCCUAGCGAGGGGAACAGCCAGUCCAAGGGACUCAUUGAGAUUCAGGACUCUGAGGUUGAAAAGGCUUUCCUCAUGUUUGGCCAUGACAAGGACAAUCAUGGCAAAUCGCUGAUGCUUGAGGAGGUGGUUGACGGGGGCGAGGCCACUGCCGAGAUCAUUCGCGCCGCCAAUGUCGAUAGGCCGGACAAUUUCUGGCCUGAAGUUGUGCCAGAGCUCAAUUUCUUUGUCGGUUUUGGUAGCAAUAAACACUGGAACUUGCAAUUUGAACCCCCAGCCGGUGCUCAGAUCACGAAUGGCAUAGGACCCUCUGAUGUUUGCCCUGGCGCCAUGGUGUACUUUGGAACUAAGGAAGGCAUCCGCAAAGCUUUUCUUACCGCCUCAUUCCUCUCCAAUGGCCAAAAUGUCUUUCUCAAGGUCAUUAGCGUCUCUCAAGAUCUCAAGAUCGUCAGUCGCACAGCAAAUCUCCGCCUUCGUGUUGCUGAUAUCAACAAAUAUGUUCAGCUAAGCGACGUUUGUCCAACUUACCCUCUUGAGUCGUCUGGGCAGCUUGCCGUCUUGCUUUUGCCAUACAGAAAAGAAAGCGAAUCUGCCUCCUGUGGCUACAAGGUGGAAAAGAAGGUACUUGUUUUGGAGGCGGCGAUUGGUGAAGCAAGCAAAGGGGGUUAUCAACUUGGCCACAUCAAAGCCGCUCAGAUGAAUGGCAAAGGGCAGCACGUUUUCUUUGGUCCUCUGGAGUCUAUUUGA